GAGGAGGAGGAGAAGAAGAUGGAAGAGGAAGGGCGGCAGUGCGUCCCUGCCCCGCUUCUUUUCCUUCCGGGUUGGGUGCUGGUGUCGCCGCGUCCUCCCGCAGCCCGGCCAUGGGGGAUUCCCCACACGCCCCGGCUCCGCUGGAUCCCGCGCUGGGAACUCCCCUUUCCCGGGGCCGUGGGAGCUCUUCGGCUUCCCAGGACGAGCUGUUCCUCAUCAAAGGUGGAAUUUUCCUAGGUACAGUUGCUACAGCGGGAAUGAUAGCAGGUUUUGGUACCACACUUGCCAUGGCAAAAAAGAAGAACCCAAAAUGGUUCAGUAAGGGUAUUACUGCUACAGCUGCAUUACCUGAGAGUGGCUCAUCACUGGCCUUACGUGCCCUAGGAUGGGGCUCUCUGUAUGCAUGGUGUGGAGUUGGAUUACUAAGUUUUGCCAUCUGGAAGGCUCUGGGUGUUCACAGUACUCCUGGCACAGCGAGCUGACUGUAUCCUGAUGGAUAACACAGAGGUGCUGAAAAUAAUUUUGUAGAAAAUAAUGGGUUUGGCGUAUUUUUCAUUUCAUUAAAUAUAAGAAGUCAUAAGAAGUUGUUUCAUGUUCAGAUCUUUGGUCACAUCUGGUAGAGCUGUGAUUCCUCCUCCUGUGUUACUAGCCGCCCAGACAAUGUAUUUAUAAGCAUUGGGUUAUCAGAGGUAAGAAGGAAAUGAUCAGAAAUUAGUCCUUUAUAAAUUAUUUUCUGAUGAUAAAUUGUCUAAACUUUGUGGCACUUAGGCAGUUCUAGUCUCAGGUAUGUCCUUGAAAACACAUAGAGCACUGCCAUUUACAGCUGUGUCUGCGAGGAUUAAAGGGGACCUGCAGUUGCAAUACUUGAAGAAAUUUAUGGUCACAGCAUAGUCCUGGAAAUAUAUUAUUUUGUCUCUGAACAAGGCCCAAGUUCCAUUGUUUUAUUUCUGUGAUACUACUUCAUUUUGAUCUUUAAUUAAGCUAAAGUUAUAGUAAAAUAAUAAAUUAAAAGCCUAAAGCAAAGCAGGGCUGCAGUUGGAGUGAUUUAUCUGGUCUGUCUCUUGCUGUUUCCUUUGCUGCUUAAACUGGUGUUUUUUGAAAGGCAGAAGCAUAGCCUGUCUGUACAAGCAAGAUACACACCAUGGUGAUCCCUUGCUUUAUUUGAUGAGUGAAAUGCAUAGGGUCUACCUUUGUGAUAUAAAUUAUUCCCUGUUCUUUGAAAAGGUCUUCCUGACCCAUCCCUCUAUCCCCAAGUGUUUCGUUCUUCUUAAUCCUCAACCUGCUGACUUCAGGGAGUUGCAGAGUCUGAUUCCCAUGUAGCUGACUGUCAGCAGUAUGUUGUUUAAAAAUGUUUUGCAUUCAGUGUACUUAUUUCACAGGAAUAACUGAUGUCGAUAAUCCUAUUAAGCUGAAUUCCAGUUUGCUUACAGUUUGAUUGCUGUUUGUCAACAGGACCAAAUCCUUCGAAAAUGUUUCACAGUUUUCUAGAAGUUGCAGUUAAGUUGUAAAUCCUCCCUUUAGAUAAGCAGCUUUUCUUUGCAUUAAAAAUUUGCAGCUGCAGAGUACUUGACGGAUAUUAAAACCUAUCUAUGAAUGCUUCUUGUUCUUUUGAAUUAUUAUUAUUUUUACAUAACAGGGACUGUGAGCCUUCUUUUAAAAGCAUAACAGUGUUUCAGCACUGUCACACUGAGCCAUGGAACAAUUAACAAGCAAGAUAAAUUAUGCUUUAAGAGCCCUUUUGCUCUUUAUGCCCUCAAUAAAUUUCCUCAGAAAUGAAAGCAUUUGUUCUCCCAAGGGAAGAGGGCCAGGAUGAUUCAUAUGUAGGUUUGUUACUUGUAUAUCUGUUCUAUGGAAAGCUGAAAAAAAAAAUACUGAGAACUAGUAAUUUGUGACUAAUACAGAUACAAAAUAUUAGUUAUCAUUUUUAUGGUGACUCCUGAUGAAAUAUCCUCUUUUUCAUCAAUCUUAACCUUUAAAAUAUUAGCAAUCUAAUACAAUUGCACAGCUGUGUAGAGACAUCCAAGGCAAUUAAAAGCAAUACAGAGAUUAUAUGCUUGCUAUGGUUUUGUUGGUAAGGACAAGUCCAAUGCCAGGUUCUUUUAUCUAGAGGAAAUCUGCCUUCUGAAUACUCAUUCCAAGCAAAACAGUGCUAACAUCACCCCAUCUAUUUUGGGAGAUACUUGAUAUUAUUUUUGAGACUGUACUCACAAGUACAUUAUAAAUACAAAUGAGGACUGGGUCUAAGGAUGGAUGAUUUUAAAAAAUAAAAUGCAAUUACAGAGACAUAGUCGUCACAAUUGUUUGCCAUCCAUAAAUAAUACUAAGAUGUACAGAUCUCAAUCAAAUACUGACAUUUUGCGGAAGCUAAAUUUUUUAUGCUAUUUUGUAGAUGUCCAAAUGCUGCUACAAAAGCAUUGUAUCCUCUAGAAUCAUUCUAGGAUCAUCCGAGAAUCAUUCUUAGAUGUUUUUAUUGCUAUUAUCUUUUAACUUUAGUUUUAUUUAAUCCUAUUCACGAUGUUUCUCUUCCUUACCAUGCUUGAUUUAUUAUACAUACUUGACUGCAUAAUAAAAUAAUCAAUAAUAAUAAUUCAAAUGUGCUCAGUUUUUUAACAUCAUUUUACUUCCUCAAUGCUUAUUUAAAUUCAAGGAAGAUUUAGUACCAGUACAAAUUAACACUUCCUCCUUCUGUUUAUACACAUAUUGUCUGUACUGCUUGUAUUACCUAAUUACUUCGGUGUGGAGAAGAGUUGCCUUCACACAUAUGUACUGCUUUUAUUUUACACAAGGAGUAGAAGAUAUAUACAAGAAACCUGUGAACUUUGUUCAUUCUUGAUAAAGCAGAAUACUUAUUUGAAGAAUAAGAUCAUCCUUUUCUUAGUGGAAAGCUGCUACAUCUGCACUGUCUUUAGGGGAAUCUGUAAGGAAGCAUUUCAAGAGUAUAAGAAGACAGUAACUAUAGCUCUCUUGGGGAAUUAUUUCAGUGUCUCGGAAGAGACUUGUCAAUGUCAGCUGCCAUCAAACUGUUGGGAAGUUAGAUAGGCCUUCCAGUUCUUGAAGGCAGCUUAUAAACAGGAGGGAGACUGACUUUUUACACAAUGGAAUAAUGGUAGGACAAGGCAAAAUUACUUCAAACUAAAUAUGGGGAAGUUUAAGUUACAUCUUAGGCAGAAAUUCUUCACUCAGAGGGUGAUGAGGCAUUGACACAGGCUGUCCAGAGAAGCUGGGGUGUCCCAUCCCUGG